AUGUAUGACUUCGCCAUGGAAUCCCCGGAUAGUAUGCCAAACUAUGAUAGCGAUACAACCAGCGAAGAACGACCAUCAUCUCAAACCGUCAACACCAAAAUCCAGGCGAAGUUCCAAAUAGCUCGGCCGCCCCCGAAAUCAAGUCAACUACUUCGACUCAGCCCCAAACUACUUCUUCAAAUUCAACAACUAUCUCCAAAUCACAGACCAGUGCCUGUACUAGAGAUAUGGCAGCCAUCACUCCGCAAAUCAAAAUUGACAAAAUGUUUCCCUCAACGCCCAAAGCUUGGCACAAAGGAUAUCUACGCAACACUCAAUGAACCAUAUAUCACCAAUAAACAGCAAGAGAAACAAGGGUAUCCCCAAGAACAAGAUCCACAAUCAAACGGUAUCCAAGACAAAGAUAUCGUGGCCGCAAUGUGCCAACCGCCAAGCAACAACAACAACCCCACAUCAUCAAUCCACUUCCGCGACGCAAAAUGCAUCUGGCAAGCUAGUGCCACCUCAGCAGGACCUGAGAAAAGCAGUUAUUACAGAUUUGUCAUUAAAAAUGGGGAAAUCACAGCCUCCCCCGAACAGGGCCGGAUGAUUAUGCAGUGGGAGAAACGGGCAGUCUCCACAGAUGGAAAUAGGGCAUCCGGGUCUUCAGAUGACGAACACUUCGUUCUUCUGGCAAUUGACCGCAAGGCACGCCGGAAGAGUCGUAUUGCUACAAUGACUCCAGGCGGGCUCGAUAUUACAGUGAGGAAGAGUUCGAUCUUGGAUCAUCUUCGGACUUGUUUGGCGUUGACAGAGCCUGUUUCUGAGGGCUCAACGGAUUUCGAGACUUGGUUGUACACUCUUGUCUUGACGUUGGGGGUGACGGUGGCUUCGCAGGAAGGGUGGUUGGGCUGA